AUGCGGUGGUCCUGCGACGAUCCAGUGCAUGCCUUGCUGGGCCACUCCCGAACAUCCCAACUGUUCGUUCAGCGCCGUUUUCAACCCAAACACAACAACGGGCCGAGAUGUGCGCGGGUCGAAAACAGCACUGCGAUCCGAGGGCAAGGCAUAGCACUGGGGCCUACGGCGCGCCAUGGUCUUCUAGGGGCCCCAUCUUGA